UGGACGUAGUCCAAUGAAAACCCAGCUUUCCCUUGCGGAGAGCCAAUGAGGUGGCGGAUACGCGUCAACGAGGAAGUGGAGAGAGAUUCAGGUGGUGGCUGUUAGCUGUUAGCUGUUAGCCGAGUGGACUGUACGGUAUGGUCAGCCGAGGACACAAUAACCGGGUAUUUAGUAAAUGCUACGUAAAGACGUGUUGAGCCAAAAUGGCGCUACUGCGAAUGAGAAACCCUCAGGGCUCAAAUACAGAGAUAGAGAAGAAAAUUAAAAGAGGUAAUGCACUGAGGCAGGGAUCUGUAUGGAGGGGCUCCCGAGGGCUUGUUGCCUUGCUGCUGGUCGUCGUGUCUCUCUGCGGGGCGGCUACGUGGCUGUUCGUGGCCUCUCUGGACAGUGAAAUCACAGAAACGCUAGUCCGCCAGGGUGAGCUGGUCUCCCCCCAGCCCAGAGUCUACACCGUCCAGUGCUCUGAGGACUACGAGAACUACAAACGCUAUCCAGGAUGCACCCCUCAGAAGUGUGGCCGUGCGGUUACAGACGGCGUGGUGUCGAGGGAGGAAGCUGAGGUACUCAAGAGGCUGGCUGAGAGAGGGCUGGCGCUCGCUGGGUCAGAGGGAGGAGCUUCCAUACUGGACCUGCACUCCGGAGCGCUGUCGAUGGGCAAACAGUUCGUCAACAUCUACAGGUAUUUUGGGGAUCAGAUCGGGGAUGUGUUCACGCAAGAGGAUUUCCAGCUCUACAGAAAUGUACGCGGGCGAAUCCAGGCAGUUAUCGCUGAGACGUUUGGUUUGGACCCAACUCUGAUGUACCUCACCAAGCCCACCUUCUUCUCCAGAAUCAACAGCACGAUAGCCAAGACCCAACACGACGAGUACUGGCACCCACACAUAGACAAGGUUACUUACGGCUCUUUUGACUACACCUCCCUCCUGUACCUGUCUGACUACGGCUCCGACUUCACUGGAGGAAGAUUUAUCUUCAUGGACCAAAAUGGCAACCGGACAGUGGAACCACGGGCAGGACGAGUCUCUUUCUUCUCUUCUGGCACGGAGAACCUCCACCGCGUGGAGAAGGUGACGUGGGGGACGCGCUACGCCAUCACCGUGUCUUUCACGUGCGACCCCGCACACGCCAUCUCUGACCCCGCCAUGCCCACAGGCACCCAAGGGUGACGGCGCCGCUCACUGGCUCGGACAAGCCCUGCAGAGAAAAGGAGGGGAAGGAAGGAAGAAGUGUUUUACUCGUAACAUUGGCAUCCUGCAGCUGCAACGGUCAAUAUCUGUAAUUUUCUUUUAUUUUCAGAUAUCGACUCGCUGUCCCUAACUGAUUGCGCCACGGAAAAAAAAGCACACGCAUUCACCCUUUCCUCUGUAGUGGUCUUUUUCUUUCUUUAUAACUGAUUUUUUUUAUCCAAUUUUCUACAGCAGUUUCUUUUUUAUUGCACCAUCAUAAUUGAUAGAAUUAGGCAUUUUUGGGUUCCCCCCCACACACCUCAACAAUCUGUUCCUCUUGAUCAUGUGGAGGACGGCUUGAACUGAGAUUGCCUCUCGAUGAAACGGUUUCAAAGAGGCUAAAGUGGGAUUGUGUGUUUCUUCUGUGUCGCGGUGUGUUUUUCAUUUUAAGGAGAGCUGUCAAUUCCUCGAUGAAGAGAUAUAAAUCGGGUGAUUCACCAACUAACUCGACCUUUCAUCACGAAAUCCCCACUCAUACUCGCCCCCUUAAGCCAGGAGGUGUUUUCUUCUAAGAAGAACCCUCUCCUUGUCCAGGACUGAUUGCUCUUUCUAGUGUGUUAACCAAUGUGGUCGGUGAGGACGGUUUUGAAAUAAAAUACUGACAGAACCUGAAAAA